AUGACAACCACUGAAACAGAAGAAACCCCCCCUCCCUCUCCAGCGACAACAUCAACGUCAACAAAACUAGAAACCUUCCACUUCAUCAACUCCCCCACCUCGUCUAUAAACGAAGCCCUCACAGGUCUCACCCACCUCCAUCCCAAUCUCUCCUACAACGCCGAAUACAAAAUCCUCUACCGCUCCGACCUCGCCUCAUCCUCUUCUUCGACCUCCAAAAAGAACAAUGUCACAACCAUCGGGUUCUCCGGAGGAGGUCACGAACCCAUGUUUGGAGGAUUUGUCGGGCAAAAUUUCCUCUCAGCGUACGUUUCAGGAGAAAUUUUCGCUUCGCCGACUGCGAGGCAGAUUUUGGAGGCGAUUAGAUUAUGUCAACCUCAUCCUCAUCAUCCAGUAGAAGGCGAAAGUAAUAAAGAAGGAGGAGGAGGAGGUGGAGGAGGAACAUUAAUCGUCUGUGGGAAUUACACGGGAGAUAUUUUAAAUGCGGGUUUAGCAGUGACGAGGGCGCGGGCGGAAGGGUAUCGAGUACAUUUUACUCCGGUGGGAGAUGAUGUUGCUGUGGGGAGGCGGAAGGGAGGAUUAGUGGGGAGGAGAGGGUUGAGUGGACAUUUGGUGGCGUUGAAGUGUGCGUGUGCGCUUGCGGAACGAGAGGGAGAGUCGACGACGACGACGGCGACGUUGGAACGGGUGGCGGAGGUGAUGGAGUAUGUGGCGGGGAAUGUGGGGACGAUUGGGGUCGCGUUUGAUAGAGUUGCUUUGCCAAAUGCUACAUUGACAGAUCUGCAGAAUCUACCACCUGCGACGAUUGAGCUAGGGAUGGGGGCUCAUGGUGAGCCUGGAUUGCAGCAGAUUAGUCCCGUCCCUUCGCCAGAGGCACUAGUAUCGCAAAUGCUGGAUCUUCUCCUCGACGUGUCAGAUACCGAUCGAGCCUUUAUUCCAUUCUCGAAAUCGACGAAUCCGACGACCGACAAUGAGGUGGUCUUACUAUUGAACAGCCUGGGAAGCACAUCUGACGAAGUACUCGCGAGAUUUGCAGAGCUAGCGAUAUCGGAAUUGGAACAGCGCGGGUUCGUCGUACGAAGGUUGACAUUGGGACCUCUUGUCACCUCCCUCAAGAUGAGUGGCUUUGGUAUCACGGUAUGGAGACUGCCUCCGAUAAGUGGGGAAGCGCUGGAAAGGGAUGCAGCUGUAGAACUCUGGGAUUCUCCAGUCGAUGUCUUAGCAUGGCGGCAGUAG